GCGACGAUGCGGGAGAGGUUUGCUGGUGCGGAGGAGAACUUGCGCUUUAGGAUUUUGCUAAAGGGCCCAGUCUGCCGGGCUUGGUACCUGGGUGAGCAUUUCCUACGCCAGACCCUGGGUUUGCCAAAGCAGAUAGUCCCGGUUCACCCUCCUAAGCACAUGAGGGAUACCGAGAGGUUCACUCCUGAGCGGAUGGCGGACUACACGAUUGGUUGGGAUGCGAGUGGUUACAGAGGCGAGGGCCACUACUCGAAGUACGUCCGGACCUUCAUUAUGCGGCCUUUGAGCGGUGGUCGCCGAGCUGAGCGAGAGAGGCCUGCGGCGCCAGCAGCUAGGGCAGGAGCAGGGGCAGGGACAUCGAGGACAGCUCGGGUCCGUGGUAGGAGUGGAGCUCGGAGGGGACGGGGGGCUAGUUGGCCAGCACUGCCCACUGUGAUGACAUGCCGAAGACAGGGUGGGACGACUUACCAGAUUCCCAUUGCUCCCCCUCCGGCUGAUCAUGAGUUAGUCGGGUUUUACGACUUACCCCCCGCUUCUUCUGAGUACACCCGCCAGUCCCUGGAUCUGACCGCCUCUGUGAUGGGGAUGUUCCAGCGGAGCCUCGACCUGCUGGCCAUCUAUAGCAUUCCUGUAUGGCACAAGAGAACAAGUGGAAUGUACUGUCGUUCCAUUCGAAUCCUCUGGCAUAACUAG